GAUAUUUCCUAUUUAUUUCGCUGAGAGAGAAUAACAAGUAGAACAAAUGAGAAACGCUCAGCAAGAAUAUCUGUUGCGUGGUCAGAAACAGAUGGGACCCGAAGAACAGCUUGAAUACCUGUUAAUUCUCUUCCUGUGCUUAAAAGUGCUAAAUGUUCACACCACUUCAUGGACUGCAGAAGUGCCACAAACAGUAUCAGCACUGAAUGGGUCUUGUGUUGUGAUUCCCUGCAAGUUCAAUUACCCAGACCCUGAAAGGAAUCUUUCAGACCUGACAGGAAUAUGGCAAACAUCAAAUCAAGACCAUCUCAUUUACCACCCUGACCCCUCCAAAGUAAUGGAGAAAUUUAGGGGCCGGACAAACUUGGUUGGAGAUCUUGCAAGAAAGAACUGCUCAUUGAGAAUUAAUCACCUGGAAGAAAAGGACAAUGGGCAGUUUAUUUUUAGGAUAGAGAUUCAUGACUUUGACAAGUACUCUUACAAAGAUAAUGUGGUCUCCAUUGAUGUCCAAAACGCUCCAGCCACCCCCAUGCUGAGUGUGAGCAGGGAGGUGAAAGCAGGUGAAGCUGUGACUGCCACCUGCACUGCGUCUCACUCCUGCCCCACUGACCUUCCUCACCUCGUCUGGAGCCACACCGGAACACCCAUCGUCCAAUCAGAGGCGCUGCCCAAUGGCCAAUGGAGAGUGACCUCAAACCUAACCUUCACUGCCACACCCUCUGACCACGGCAGGCAUCUGGUCUGCACAGCACAGUAUCAACAUGUUACAUCUUUUCAGCAGUCUGACAUUUUUCAUGUGAAAUAUCCCCCAGAAAUCAGGGAGGGGUCGGCCUGUAUUGCAAAGACCACGGGGGUGGCCUGCUUGUGCACCGUGGCCUCAGAACCAGCCUCUGAGAUCGCAUGGCUGAUUCCAAGGGGGACCAAUGCUAGCAGCAGGACUGAGAGACACGGCUCCAUCACACUGGGCAUGUUGCUGAGCACCCAGAGGCUCACAGAGGUCACCUGCCAAGCCAGCAACUCACAGGGAAGCUCCAGCGCGACCUUCUUUCCACCCCAGAGUGAUAAAUUCCAGUACACUUCAAUCACUGUGGUUUCUGUGCUGCUGGUAGCAGCCCUGGUUAUUUUGGUGCGCUUAGUGAGAAGAGAAAGGAACAGUCAUGACCUACCUGUAACUGGAAAGGAUGAAGCAGACACAACUAUAGAAGAGCCUUCCUACAACAUGACUGCAAGAAAGGAGGAAAAAAGCAUCGAUAGUGGAUUUUAUGUUAACAAUGAACAGAUAUACAGUAACAUUGAGGAGAUUGGAGAGGACAAUGAUGUAUAUUCAUGUGUCGAAGAUGCCAGCAAUUAGAUUGAAACAGCUACUCAAGAGGACGUUCCCCUAAAAAUGGCUAGUCAAUUUCCAACAGAUACCAUUCAUCCUUACAGUUCAGGCUGUUUAUUGGAAGCACAGAAUAUUUUUUCUAAUGCAGAACAGUGUUAUAUGUAAUUCCAAUGUGAAUGUUGAUCACAAAAUGAGCAAAACAAAAAUGCCAUCCAAAAUACACUCACUGGGCACUUUAUUAAGAACACUAUACAAAUACAGUUUGCAGAACUGCCACUCACUGGAUGUUUUUUGUUUUUUGAUACCAUUCUGAUUAAACUCUAAAGACUGUUGUGCCUGAAAAUCCCAGGAGAUCAGCAGAUACAGAAAACCUCAAACCAGCCUGUCUGGCACCAAAAGUCAUGCCAUGGACAAAAUCACUGAGAUCACAUUUUUUUCCCCCAACCUGUAAUUGCAUGAUUUUACGCAUUGCACUGCUGCCACACGAUCGGCUGACUAGAUAUUCGCAUGAAUAAGUAGGUGUACAGGUGUUCCUAAUAAAGUGCUCAGUUAUAUUGGUGCAGAUGAUUCUGCUUUUUCCUAUAAUUUUCAAAUGUAUGCCAAUAUGCCUUUACUCAUAAUAAAAAAUAAUAAAUG